AAUACAAAGUAGAAUCGUAUUUUAGUAGCAAGAUGCAGAGUUUAAUUUUGUUUCUCUGUUGUCUGUCAGCAUCACCAGAAGUAUUCGGUGAUACGGGUGGCAACAAUGGAGCAUCCUCUAACGGGCAAGCAACGAACGGACAAGUUGACCUUAACAUUCAGCAGUCAUCGGCACUGGACAACGGUAAUCAGCUUUCGCUGGGCAACUCGCAAAGCAGUCUCUCCGGCACAUCAAUAUCCUUUAACAACAAUAUCAACGGUGGUCUUCAAUUUGAUCCAACGCUUCCUGUAAAUCCGUACAUUUCUGGCAGUAAUUCGGCCAAUUCGUACGGUAGUGGUACCACCGGAGUCCUACAAAACAACCACCAGAGCUAUUCCAACAGCACUAACGACGGCCAGCAUCAUUCGGUGGUCAGUCAGUCGCAUAUCACCGGCAACGGCACCGGACUCUCGCUAAAUAAUUAUGUCAGUGGUGCUAUUUCAGCCAGCAACAGCACGGAUAGACCGCAGUAUUAUACAACUAUGUAUUAUUAUCCGUGCCCCGGUUGUUCACCACCCCCGUGUUGCCCUUCUCCAGGACCACCCUACUUUAGCGCAACCGAGUCACCAAUGUCCGCGCACUCUGAUCAGAGACAACGCAAAAUAGCGCCUCGGGCGAGAACUAGGAACCAGCAGCUAAAAGGACGAGGACAAGCUAAAGUGCACGAAAAGUCUCCAGUGCGUACUAAUCCUACCACUGCUCAAAGAAAAGUCCGUAGCAAACUCUAAAUUAUUAAUAUAAG